AUGGCGCAAGUCAAAGGCCCAUCACGGGCCCAAUUGACACUUGGACCUGUGUUUCGUCGAGUGGCUCAAAAUACCUCAGCUAACUCAGUCGAAGGUCACAGCAUCAUACAACAGCUGCACAGUCCUGUCAAUCCGGAUCUAAAUGUUCCACAGCAGACAGACGGCGAUGGCAUCACGGCAGAAGCCCUUACUGAUCAAAAAGGACCGGUCCAGGACAGGCCCCGCCUCAUUAUUGCAGUUGAUUUCGGAACGGCGUAUUCUACCGUGUCAUAUGCGAAAAUCGAACCCGGCGUUGAUUCAGCAGGUCUCCCGAUGAGCAAGAUACGCUGCAUCAACAACUACGACAACGCUACUGGAAACUCCGAGGCUCGAGCGAACGCUCGAGCUGACAAUGUUCCGACAAAACUUCUCUAUCUUGGUCCUGGCGUACCUGAUUCAGAGUUUUCUGAUACCGAAUCUGACCCUGAGAACGACAGUUUAAGCGACCUGGAUGUUCAGCUCACUCCAGUCCCUGAACGCAGCUACAGACGGCGACGAAAGCGGGGUAGAAAGUCAUUCAUGCCGAGCCCAAGACGAAGGCCAGAGCCCGUGUGGUCACGACCACCAGGAACGACUGUGAAGUGGGGCUACUGUGUUCAAUACGUGCAAAGGAUACCACAGGAGAUGGCACGAUACUACGAGAAAGAAACAGUAGAGCUUAUCAAGCUUACUCUGGGUGAUGAGGAUGGCGAAGAUAUGGACCUGCGGAGAAGGCGUGAAGAGCUUGCACAGCAGAUCGAAAUAUUACGCUCCAAGAACAUCAUUCAAGAUCGAGAUCAUAUACUACGCGACUAUCUUGCCCGCCUUCUGCAGCAUGCCAAGGUUAUGCUUAAAGAAGAGGAGGCUCUCGAAGAAGCACAACUGGAGUACGUUCUGUGUGUUCCCGUGUCGUGGUCGGAGAACGCCUGUCGUACCAUGCAUGAUGCUAUGGUCAAAGCGAUACAAGCAUGCGGGCUGGGCGUUCUCGCACAGAAUAUUAUCACCGAACUCUUCAUCGUUUCGGAGCCAGAGGCCGCGGCCCAAUACGUGAUGGCCUCUCUCGGCAGUGAAGGACGCCUCAGGCAAGGCGAAGUCUUCGUUAUCCUUGACGCUGGUGGAGGAACCGUGGACAUCACAACUUACAAGGUCACGUCCGACGAGAUGGGGCCGCUCAGACUACAGGGCGAGGUAAUACCGCCUGAUGGGGCACUGUGCGGAUCCAGUCUGAUUACCGAGCGAUAUUCGCGCCGACUCCGAGCAAAACUUACUGAAAUUGACCCGACAGGAGGUAGCGACCUCCUCGACGGGAUCGCCACGGCGUUUGUCAACCACUGGGACAUGGUGGACAAACCACGUAUCGAUAUUAACCACAAAAAGACGAUGCAGCUAAAGUUUGGAAGACAAUAUCACAACAAUCAGCUAAUCAAAUGGACGGAAUCCGAGAUACGGGAUGUCUUUGAACCUUCAUUAAAGGGCACAACCGAUCUUCUCGAAAAACAGCUCAGGCUUGCCGAAGAAAGAGGCUUGAUAGUCAACAAGGUCAUUGUCGUUGGGGGAUUUGGAGAGUCUCCUUCACUGCGCGUCCGGAUCCGCCAAGUUCUCGCGAACCACUCUAAUGGCAGCGGGGAAGAGAUCGAGGCCAUCUGGCCGAGACACUUCCCAACCUCGGCGGUCGCGAGAGGAGCGGUUCUGCGGGCACUUGAUAAGCGAAAUGGUCCCAGCCGCAUCUCGCGGUCAAGUUUCGGCUUUCUACGCCACGAACCGCUCGGAGACUUCCCUGAACACAACGAGGCGAGCGUCAUGCCAAGGAGAGAUAAUGUUGACCACGUCGAGUUCGUUCGGGAUACGAUCUACUGGGUGAUACAAGCGGGUGAAGAGCUGCCGUCACGAUAUCAGACCGAGCCAAUCCUCUCGUGUCACACGUUUGAAACAACAGAUGUCAAGCUGAUUUGCGUCGAGAAGCUCUAUGUUUCGCAGCGUAACCAUCGCUCGCACUUUCAGCGCCAUCAUCCCGAAAAUCAAGGCGCCUCACUGCUUAGCUACAUUGAGAUAGACGUCAGCGAACUCAAGAAGGAAUUCCCACUCGAAGAUAAAGCAGAUGCAGGCCCGCGCACGAAAGUGAGCAAGCGGUCUAGUAGAAUUGUGAAGUUUGAUCUCGUCAUCGAUGUUGAAGGCAAACAACUCAAGUAUGAGGCACGAUGGCCGCCAGGAGCCAAGACGCCGGAGGAAGUACGAGUCCGCAAGUCCGGUUAUGUUAGUCUUGCUCCGAGCUUUGUGCCAGGGACGGAAUAG